GGACACUCCAAUUCGUGCUUCGAGGCACGGCUGUGGAUAUCAUGGACAGACGCCAGCGCCCCAUUCCCUCCCCCUCCUCCGCAGAUUUGACCUCAAGGAUCGAGACAGCCUCGCGUGAACCCCCAACACUCACGUACAUUUCCUGCACUCGCAUAUUGCCGUUCAAUUUACUCGGUUCGGACGAUGGUGGCGAUUGUGCUGACCGUCACGGCGUGUUUGAUGGCGCGCUCGCGAGCGCUCGUUGUGAAAGGCGAGGGCGACGCCCUGACGACCGAGCUCGCGGAGGAGGUGCUGGCCAACCCCGAACAGGACUUGCCGCCCCCCUGGGACGUCAUCGUCAACACCCCGUCUGACAGAGACGUUGGCACCGUCACGGAGCACCCAUUCGCGCCGGCCUACGAGCUCGAGGUGGCCGAGAGCUCUCUCGAGACCACAGGCACGCCUGCGGUCGCCAUCCGUAGGAUCCUCGUGGCGGAGACCAGAAACGCCACGCAGCCGCCCCCGAGCUACCGCACGGGGGGCGUCGGGGGCCGGGCCGUGAGGCACCUGAACGGGGUGGAGAACCCGACGGGCGCCACGACGGUCUGGGGGUGGCAGAGGCACAGGUACUUUGCCCUGAAGGCCUGGAUGGACACGAAGGGCGACGCAGAUCUGAUGGCCGUCCACGCCAGCGGAGACCCAGGUCUUGUUUGCUGGUUGCGACGAGAGCACCGUCCUCUCGAAGUACAACCAGAUCAUCGCAGCGAACGGCGGCACGCAGACGAUUGUCAUGGCCGCCGAGGUGAGCCCUCUGCAUGCGGACAUGGGGGCUUCUUACGAGCUGAGGGCCUCUGUUGUCGAUGCACUCAGGACCGGGUGCCUGACUGCUGAAGGUGUUGCAACCGACUGGGCCACAAUUCACGCCGCUUGCUCCACCGGGUAUUGUGACAGUCCGCCCAAGUAUCAGUUCGCAAACCCGAGCUUCAUCAUGGGCCCUGUCGGGGAUAUUAAAGAGAUGCUUGCUGAUAUGCCCACCUGGGCCGACACAGAGAAUCGCCUGAUCAACCAGUAUUACCUCCGUAACACCGACAAGGUCGCUCUCGAUUUCGCUGGCGUUUUGGUGAUGUCUCUACACAACAUGAAGCUUGAAGACACGACCACUGGUAUCCCCGUCGAAGUGGAAGUCGUUUCGGGAAGCAAGGUCAUUAAAAACAAGGUGACUGGGAACCCCGUGUGCUUCGUGCAUGGCACCGGAACUUCAUUCAGCACACUCAAAGGGCUUGCGCAGGAGUUGCUCUCGUGAGGUCACGCUGACGAGGUGCUCAUGGCUCGAUAUGGUACAUCCGUUGUUCCUUGAAGAUUAUUUAUUUGUGUUGUUUCAAUGUUUUCACGGUGGCGGAUAUUGCUCUCUCGCUUCAGAAGCAAUAUCGACUGGGUUCUGUGCUGCUUCCUUUUGCUCUGCACGGUUGUUGCAGUCACCUCCCAUGUCGCGUCCGUAUCGACGUUCCGAUUUGCUCAUUGCGCACGGCUGCGAGGUCGACCACCAAGUGCGAACCAAAAAGUAGUCAGCAUUUGCACUGCACCGCGCGAAUGUAGUAGCAUCAGCCGCAGCAGCAGUUGCAGCAGUAGUAACAGUAGUUGGCCACGGUCGCACAUAGGCAAAUGUGCCCAACAUGGUCUUUUUGUUUUCACAUCAGGCUGAUCUGCCCAGGUAACCCCGCCACCAUUGUGAAGCCUGUGCUGAUUGCUUCAAUUGUUUUGGCUUCGCUCACUUCCAGGGAGGGUCCAAACCGUUGACACGCUAUGUUCGACUGGUCCGACAGAGGUUGAGGUUCGGCAUCGGUUCGGCUCCGCCUCACUUGAGGCCCAGGGGCGGCCCGAGGUGUCACCACGAGAGCGUCCAAGGUCCGAGCGGCCCCGAGGGUCGCAGGAGCUGCCACUCUGCGAGCCAGCCGGCACGACGGCUCGGGGCCUUCUUGGGGGCCGGCCUGGAGCCGCGGGUCUCUGCCGCAGCCCUUCGCGGGUGGCGUGCCGGAGCGCCGAGCGCCCCCUCCUGCCCUCGGCGUGCUCGUCGUCCCAGCCCCGCGCGCACCUGCCGCGCAGGUGCGAGCAGAGGUGGUGGUUUGGGGGCUGUGCAGCGAGGCAUUCUCGGCACCCCCACAGUCGAGACGUUGAUCAGGAGGGGAAAAAAAGCACACAGGCACCAUGAAU